AUGUUGGGCCCAAACUACACAGAUUAUGCCAGUGCUUGCCUAUCAUGUGAAAUUCCUACUCUGGAAUACAGAAGGGAGAAACUCAGCCUGGAUUUCGCAAUGUCUUUAACCAAACAUCCAACAUUCAAAAGAAAUCUCAAACAGUUUGUGUUCUUGUUCCGAUACAAUAACCGCAGAGUUGUGGCUGAAGUCGACCGAUCAAAGCCUGCUCUGUUGACUCGUUACGGGACAUGGGCCCAUUACAUCGUCUUAAAUGAUCGCACAGGAACGGAGGUCUACCACAACGGAUUGUUAAACAUAACGGAAGGUUUUUCCAGUGAGAAUCCUGAGUGCAACCCGAGCACGAUGCCUCUCCUGCUCUUCGCCCGUGACCCGGACGUGAACGACUUGGACACCACCCCUGACGUGUCAAUCAGCAACUUAAAGAUCUUCUAUAGGAAGUUCACCGAGGCUGAAGCCCAAAAACUCUAUGCCGAAGAGAUUGGAACCUUAUCAGUUAGUUCUGAAGAUAUAGUUCACAUCCUCUACGUCGUCCAAGUCAGUGAUCCCUCAGACCCGAACAUUCUUGUCGAAUGCGUCGCUCGUGGACCCGGAAAGGACAUGGUACCGUCUAUCACCUGGUUCAUAGUGGAUGCGGAUGGAAUAAACUACUCCGCACUGGAUCAAUCCGGAUUGGAGGGCCACGUUUACACGGAACUCGUAAGCGAUAACUACCGCAUAAAGUCUGCCUUGCAACUGAUCAAUUACGGUGGCAAUGCCAGCGUCGUGUGCGAGGCGGUUGAUGACGCAACUGGAGCUCGGAAGGCCUCUCGUUCGGAACUAUGUGAGCGUAAUUACAACUGGACUGCUUGGAUGAGCUUGGACGCACCUUAUUUGCACGGGGACGGGGUGGACAACGAAAGCAUUGCUUUACUCGAAGAGGAAACUUGUGAGACUCCGAUAGGCAUUGAAUGCCGGACUCUGUACACCCAUAUUCUCUCCGAUAUGACUGGACAGGUGUUUGACGUUAACUGUACCGUAGAGGGCGGGCUAGUGUGCAUUGGAUCGAGUCAGAGUUCCGGGGAUAACUCUACGUGCUUUGACUACGAAGUCCGGCUGCUCUGUCCACAACAACCAAUCUACUGGACCAGCUGGUUUAACGCUGAUGAUGGUACCGACGAUAAAGAAAUGUUUUCCACUCAUCAGGGACUUAACGACCCGACACUUUGCGCCUCUCCUGUCUUCGCCCAGUGUCGGGUAGUUGGUACAGCUACACCUUGGGCUUCCACCAAUGUGGUCCUUGAGUACCCCUAUACAUGUACCCCCAAAGGACUGGUCUGUCGUGGGGCCGACAACACCGGAAACGGCGGAUGCCAGGACUUCGAGGUCCGUUACGCAUGCCCAUAUCCUACUGCUGAUUCACCGCUGGAAUACUGGGACCUGAGCGGUCGUUCAACCGUUGAUGGCACCGAACCGGGAGAUUGCAACAGCCAUGUUAACAAUAAUAUUUACUCGAAUACUGGCGGUUUAUCCGGCUCAUCUUCGACGCAGAUUGAAUACACUGACGCUCCCCAACAGCUUUCACAGAAAUGUGCAGCCAUGAACACCGACGGACGCAUAACCCUCGGCAACUACGAUGGCAGGUGCCUCUCGAAGAUCGGCUGGUGCCCUGACGGCAUGACUGUAUCCAUGUGGAUCAAGCAGAUGACCAACGCCGGAAGUGCCAACAUGGUGUUCUUCACCAGUGGAGGAGAUGAGAGUGAUUCAAAUGGUUUCGCUUUCAUCCAGUCUGCAAGUGACAAGAAAUACUACGCCCAUUUUAGGAGCGAUGGUCUCGUUUGGGAUAAGAUAAUCGUCCCUCAAGCUGACGUCACAAUUGGUGAAUGGUUUCACGUGACUCUGACGUUCAAAGACGCCUAUGAAGGAAAGAUUUACAUCGACGGCAGUUUAAAGGGGUCAACCGACGUGUCUACGCUAGAAAAGAACAGCCACGAUGUGAAAGACGACUUUGUCAUCGGAUCCAGCCAGUCGGGUUCGAACAGUGCUGAUGCUGCUUUCAGUGCCGUCAAGUUCUUUGAUUAUGUCCUCACGGAUGAGGCAGUGAUGGGUCUCCACCUCUGCGACGAAACAGCGACCGAUCCCAAAGUUCUUUCACUCACGAUCGACAGCCACCAUCUUAACCCAGACCUAACACUGACUUGUCAGGUCAAAGGGUAUCCGCUUACCGGUGUGAAGUGGUUCAUGACCACCAACGUGAAUAUCACUGCGAAGGUCUACCCCAUUCAGACCAGUACUUCACAGGUAAUAUCCGAGGAUAGGUCAGGCUGUAUCUUCACAUCACAACUGGCAAUCCUUAACUAUGUUACCAACUUGCCCUUCGGGAAUGUUACCUUCAUCUGUUCUGGCGAAUUCAACCAGAAGAAGGACUUCGCAACGUUGUUUGUCGAAUGGCCAACCGAAUGUGAGAGAGCUACUGGAUUUGAACGAGGAGAUAUAAGAUCAGUGCAGAUUUCAUCCAAUGUUGCUUACAGUGGGGUGCCCUCUAUAAAUGGUGGAACACCCUGGGUUUCGACAGUUACUGACCAAUCAGCGUACAUUGAAUUUGACUUCGGCUUACGUCACCAGUUUGCAGGGCUUGUAGUCCAGGGAACUCCCUCUUCUUUCGUAUCAUCCUACGAAGUGUCCUACAGCGACGCGCCAUCUGGCCCCCUAACCUUCCAUUCAACUUUGCCCGGUGGUCAAGAAGCUGUGUGGCAGUCUUUCGAUCCGGUUAUCGAAUCUCGGAUAGUCCGACUCAGAUCAUUGGAUACGGACGGCGCUGAUCAAAUCUUAGUGGAAUUCUAUGGAUGUGCCAUAGAAGAACCUGAACUAAAUCUCACGGCACUUACCAGCUCAUACAACUCCACCACCGACGUUUACACUCUGUACUGCCAGGGAUCAUACUUCCCGCCGCCAGUGGUCACUUGGUUAGCUGACGAUCAGGGGAUCUCAGAACCGAGAUAUGUCUCUGGGCAGGAGAUAGAGGAUGUCCGAACACGCAGCAAAGAACUUGAGUUGAGAGACUUCGUGCUCUCGGAUGAGGAGGUGGUGUUCACUUGUGUGAUUUCUGCAGAUGGUGCUAACGUUACACAGAACAUACAGACGGAAUAUGGUUUCGACGGACUAAUAUCUGUCGAGAAUAAGACCGAGAUCAGAUAUCUUCAGACCGUUUCCUUUGAGUGUACCGCCUCUGGUGAUGACGUAUACACGAUGGAAUGGUAUUUCACCAACACCACCCAUACAACACCUACCCUCCUGCAAACCGGAAACGGGGUCACGACUGGAGGGUUUACGGUUGGCGAUUCCCCAGGAGUGUUUACACUGAGCGUUCAGUCGUAUGAAACGGAGAAUGAAGGAACGUACCAAUGCUCUGUUAAUGAGGCGACGAGUCAGAUGAACAUCACCAUCAACGCUGAUAUACUACUGGUUGUGACUCUUGCCUAUCCUCGCUAUCACCAAGUCAACACCUCCUACACCCUCGUGUGUACGGUCGUCCACUAUGGCGGCAAUCCCUCUGCUAUAGAAUGGACUCUACCAAACGGAACCCUGAUAACAGGGAGUGAUUCAAAUGGAACGUAUCAAGUAUCCGAGACUGCAGGGGUGGCAGCUAAUGUUUCGACACUGACGAUGCAAGGCGAGUACUUACUUGGAGCUUACACCUGUACGGGACGUACGGACAAAGAUGCCUGGUCGGAUACUGUGAACAUAUCGCAAGGUGAGAGUUUCAAAAUCACAAGCAUAUCGGGUGCAUAUAAUUUCACUCACCUGUAUUACUCGGCCGAAUGUGUCGCCACCUAUGUCGGCCCCCAGCCAACCGUCACGUGGGUCACGCCCGAAGGUACCCAGCAUACAACAUCAGGUGACGGCAACGUGGUGGUCGAAACUGUCACCGACGGUACCGUAACUAAAACCUUGAAAAUAUCUUCCACGGACCUCACCAGAUAUGAUGGGAAUUACACGUGCAUUGUUUCCGGUAACGGUACGGUAGAUGUCCAAGACGAUAUAUGGCUUAAAUCUGCGUACGAGGGAGAUCUGACGCUUAAUGUGACCGAACGAAUCCAGCUUGGCGAUGACGUUGGACUCACGUGUACCGCGUCUCAAGGAGAAAGUGUGAUCUUAUUUACCUGGUCAAAGGUCGUUAAUGAAACUGCAACGAUGCCAGUGGUCCAGGACCAAAUCUUCCAGAUUUCAGAAGUGGCAGUAGGGAGUUCACGUACCAGCGUCCUUGAGAUAGCUAUGUUCUCUCGGAUUGACGAAGGGACCUACGAAUGCAGCGUCAACAGCAGGUCAAAGACUGCCCACCUCUCCGUAGCGGCCGUACCAGGUAAUUCCUUUCACUUUUUUUCCGUUCAGUUACUGGUUAGUGUUGUCUUUGUUCGUCGUAUCUAUUUUGAAAAUAGCACAGGUUUGUUCUUCCCCUGGAGACCUCCGCUACGCCGCAGUCACAUCGGCAAAAUGAGCUCUAGAUCGACCAAAAUAUUACAUUAUUUCCGAUGAGUUUCCAUCGGUCGAUGUGGUGUCGGUUGCUGUGGUGUGACUGAGCUCAAAGAAGGUGUGCCAUUCUUCAGCUGGAAUUGGACUUUGCAGAAGAGGAUUACGACUGUCUGGCAGAUUUUCGGGAAAAUAUCGACGAUAGUUCAACUAUACCCACAUUUACUUAAUACAUCCAAUGUUAUAUGAAUCUGUUGUACCCGCUGCUGCCUAUUAUUUAGGGGUUUAUCAUCUUCUUAGGUCGUGGACCCUCCAGAGACGUCAAGAUGAGGUCUGCUGAAAGACGAGAUGGCUCAUCGUCCUUGUGUUUUUGUCCUACAUGCAUAUCAUUAUGAUGCAUUUUGAUAUCCAUAGCUAUGCAUUCUUUAUAUUAUUCAUGUUAUUGAGCAGCUAGUAGGUCGGUAGAUGAUGUGGACCACAAAUUUGAGCCUGCUGCUCAUGUAAAAGAACCUUGGAAACCCAAUUAUCAAUAUAGGUCUGAUUGGAGCUGUGAACAAGAUGAAUGUCAAUCUGGGAGGGGACUGCUCUACCAUGAUCCCGCCAAGGUCGGUGCGUACCCUCACUGAAUCCCCGUGGUAUCAACUUGGAAAAUGCUGGUCUUCAGGCAGUCGGACACACGAUAGCAUAGAAUAUGAUUGCAGCUGAAAUGCUUUACAGAAUGCCGUAUUUGUCAUUUGCUAUCUUUGAAUUUAAAUACAUCAUUUUAAAGUGUAAUAUGUCUCUUUAUUUGGGCGGCGCUACUAUGGCUACCUUAGGGGCAAGGGGAUGACGACCCCUUGUUAUUAAUCAAAUAGAGAAGAUCAUAU